UUGCAAUGUUAAUAUGGCGUCAGAGGGCGAAAACGUUGUUAUGGAAAGUCCAGGUCGCCGCACACGUUCUGGUCGGAAGGCCGCAUCCCCGGCUGCAUCGCUGCCAACCAGAAGCACCCGGCGCACAUCCAAGCGGAACGUACAGCUAAGUGACCACGAAGAGGAGGCCGAAGAGCAAGUGGUCAUGGUUCAGGAAGAGGAGGAGCCCUUUAGAGGGACAAACACUGCGGAGGCACCUGCUUUGGAGCCCCAAUUCGAGGAGACUCAGCACCAGAUAGAGGAUGACGUGGAAAUGCUGCCAGCCGAAGCUGCUGGGGUUGAUGAAAAGAGCUCUUCCUUCCCGUUUGGCACGGUGGCGGAGCUGCAUUCAGAGACUAGUGAUGAUAUUAAAGAGACACGCGGUCAGGCUGGCGUGGACACCCUACUGGCUUCUUUAGCCGGCGAUAAUGCCAACAGCCUGCCCUCCGUGGGUGGAAAUGACGAGAGUGACAAUGUCAAGAAGGCGGACUUUGAGUACAAUGUAGACUCCCUGCAGCCGCAGAUGGAGAAAAUGAAUUCCUCUGAGGACUCCAGCUCACAACAUGCCAUUGCCGAGGAUCUGGCCGAUGCGGACACCAGCAAUGCAACCAUUGUCAACACAGAGAUAGUCUCCGAGGAUGAGCUACCUCUGCCCAGCAAGCCUGAAAUAAAUGAUGCCGAGGAAGUUUCCGAUGAAGAGCUUCCAGCACCGCAGCGGGCUGAAUUGCCAGAGGAUGCUGAAGUAAUCUCGGAGGAUGAACUGCCCGCCAGUAAUAACAAUAACACCGCCACUGAGCCCAAGGCACCUUUGAAGCGCAAGGCGGAAAACGAAAGCGUUAAGAGCACCGAAGAUAAGGAUGCAAGCAGUCAUGAAUCAAGCACAAAGGAUAAAUCCUCCGAGCAAUAUAAUCCGGGCAGUCCCACAUCUGAGAGCAACGACGCACAGCCCUCAGAGAAAAAACUCAAGGUCGAAGAAUCGGAGCCCAAGGAGAAAAAGAAGGAAAAGGAGCGCGAUAAAGAUAAGGAGAAGGAUAAGGACAAAGAUAAUAAUAAGGAUAAGGAAAAGGAGCGAAAGAAGCUGCCGGACCUAGAUAAGUACUGGAGAGCUGUCAAAGAAGACUCCACCGACUUCACCGGCUGGACGUACUUGCUGCAAUAUGUUGACAAUGAGUCUGAUGCGGAGGCGGCGCGCGAGGCCUACGACACAUUCCUGUCCCACUAUCCUUACUGCUACGGAUAUUGGCGCAAGUAUGCCGACUACGAGAAGCGCAAGGGCAUCAAGGCAAACUGCUAUAAGGUGAGUACCCCACUUACAUUUGGUCGUGCAAAUAAAUAUCUUUCGCAAUUUCUUGUACUACGCUUACAAUUACGAUUACAAUUGAUAUUCAUAUAUUUGUUGUUAAAUGCAAUUUAUUAUGACCUAAUAAAAAUACUACAUUCAAUAAAUGCAACAUCUACCAAAAUACACCAAAUUGAGAAGACAAAACCAAACUUGCCAUGAGACUAGUGCAGCAUCCACUUAGGAUCGUGUUUUCUCAUAGGGUUCGUGUCUGCUAAAUACUUUUUACGGGAGAUGAAUCUAAAAAGGGUACGGAUUUAAUUUUUUUAGAUGGUGAAAGCUUUAUGGGGGAGCUUGGCAAUUUGUUUCAAAGGCUAAGCUAAGUAAAUGGACUUAAUGGGUCGCGUAUAGAGAUUGCCUCCAAAUUUGUUUACGUUUCUUUAAAGUAGUUUCUGUUUUGUAACCUUAGUUACACCAAAUUCAUAAUUUCGAGACCGGACGUCGACCUUAUUUACCACUCCGUACUCCCUACACCUUAGCACUUUUUUUUUGGCGAUCUUAGCCCCUGAGAUAUUGUCCUUAAUCUUCACGACACUAAUUGGACCGUUUAAGCAUAAGCCACUCCUGUGUCGCACAAAUCACGCUGUAACUCAGCACAGACUAGCUCAACUCUGUUGACCCUCGAACCCCAGACCGACCUGAACCCGAAAGCGACUGGUUCGUCUACUCGAAGUACGAUCCGUCUACUUUCUGAUCUUCGUACGUUUGUAUCACCAGUUACCUCUUCAGUUACGUUACCUCCAUCCUUCUUCAACACGAUAUAAAUAGUGAGAUCGCAUCUCGUACAGUCGUAAGUACAAAUGGCGUUUAAAUGAAAUUUUUAAGUCUCUUUGUGAAUUUUGUUGUAAAUCGAGUGCCAAAAAAGAAAUCAACUACAACCUGUGUGUUAUGUAUUCCGUGUACUUGUUAAGUCGCUAAGUUAGCUUUUAAGCCCGAACACCAUUCACAUCAAAACGAUAACCUUAAGUAUCUGAGCACUUAACUCUUGAAAUCUUACUAUAAACCACGAAUAUAUUUUUAUAUUUCUCUUCUGCGAUCAAUCAACAAUAAAUGAAAAAAUCAAAACUUGUACCGAACAUACGAAAUGACCAAAUCCUAGGUGUUUGAGCGCGGACUGGAGGCGAUUCCGCUGUCCGUGGAUCUGUGGAUCCACUACCUAAUGCACGUUAAGUCCAAUCACGGAGAUGAUGAAACAUUCGUCCGCUCCCAGUAUGAAAGGGCAGUGAAGGCGUGCGGCCUGGAAUUUCGAUCGGACAAACUCUGGGAUGCCUACAUUCGUUGGGAGAACGAGUCAAAGCGGUACCACCGUGUGGUCCAGAUCUACGAUAGACUUCUGGCCAUACCGACACAGGGCUAUAAUGGUCACUUCGACAAUUUCCAAGAUUUGAUCAAUCAGCAUGAUGUAACUAUCACACUUGCAAACGAGGAGGUGAUCCGUCUGCGCAAAGACUUCCACGAACGUCAGCAGAGCAAGUCCUCCAAGUCCUCGUCGAAGCAUCGCCGGGACAGCAGCAGCAGCUCCAAGGACAAAGACUCAAAGGAGCGAGAACGUGAGAAGGACAAGGAUAAGGACAAAGACAAGGACAAGGAGAAGCGAGAAACUGUCGGGGGCGGUGUUGGUAAGUCGCCAAAAGAUACAAGUGAAACUCAAGUCGAUGAAUCAGAUAGUACUACCGAUCUGACCACCGAAAGCGAGUCAUCGCAUGCAGCUUCAAAGCCGGCAAUGCAGAUCGAUUUCAGUGAUCUUAGCACUCUGAAUGACGAAGAGGUGGUCAGCAUUAGGGACAGGGCUAUCUCGGCGCGGCGCAAAGUCCACAAGUUGACCGUUAGCGCAGUGACAGCCCGCUGGUCCUUCGAGGAGGGCAUCAAGCGGCCUUAUUUCCAUGUGAAGCCACUCGAGAGGGCACAGCUCAAGAAUUGGAAGGACUACUUGGAUUUCGAGAUCGAAAAGGGUGAUCGCGAGCGAGUCCUGGUUUUGUUCGAAAGGUGCCUAAUCGCCUGUGCUUUGUAUGACGAGUUCUGGCUGAAGAUGCUUCGUUAUUUAGAGUCUUUGGAGGAUCAGAGCGGAGUUGUGGAUCUGGUACGUGAUGUUUACCGCCGCGCCUGUCGCAUCCAUCAUCCGGACAAACCGAGUCUGCACCUGAUGUGGGCCGCCUUCGAGGAAUGCCAGAUGAACUUUGACGACGCCGCUGAAAUUUUGCAGCGUAUCGAUCAGCGCUGCCCCAAUCUCCUGCAGCUUUCCUAUCGUCGUAUCAACGUGGAAAGGCGUCGAGGAGCACUGGACAAGUGUCGCGAGCUGUACAAGCACUAUAUAGAGAGUACAAAGAACAAGGGCAUUGCCGGCAGUCUGGCCAUCAAGUAUGCCCGUUUCCUCAAUAAAAUCUGUCAUGAUCUCGACGCCGGCUUGGCCGCCCUGCAGCAGGCGCUGGAACGUGAUCCAGCCAACACUCGUGUGGCCCUGCAAAUGAUCGAUUUGUGCCUACAGCGCCCAAAAGUCGAUGAGCAGGAGGUAGUCGAAAUUAUGGAUAAGUUCAUGGCUCGUGCGGACAUCGAACCCGAUCAGAAGGUUUUGUUUGCCCAGCGCAAAGUGGAGUUCCUUGAGGAUUUCGGCAGCACGGCCAGGGGUCUACAAGACGCACAGCGCGCUCUGCAGCAGGCACUCACUAAAGCCAAGGAAGCGCAAAAGAAAAGGUAAGAAAUCCAUGAAGAUGUAUCCACACUCAUUCAUUAAUCAUGGACAUUCCAAUAGUGAUGGCAGUCCUAGUCGCAAAAACUCAUCAAGCAGCAAAGAAGGUCCUGUCCCCACAGGAUCCGCGGCGGCAGCUUACAACAAUGGUGGCUCGGCCGCAGCAGUCGCAGGCUACAACUAUGGAGCAGCAAAUCCAUACUAUGGUCAGCAGAAUACCGCAGCAGCCUAUCCCUCACAGACGCCACAACAGGCGUCCUACGACUCUUACUACAAUCAGUGGGGCUACGGUUCCGGUGGGGCCAGCGCCAACAGUGGUGGUAGCGGCUACAACUACGGCCAGUGGAGCGGUUAUGGCAACUACUAUUAAGUUCGCUGCCUAGAUGUAACCCACUCCGCCACCUGUAGCUCUAAGACGCUACGGCUUGUUUAGUUUUGCCUUGCUGCUCUGUUAAGUUGUACACAUCUAAUUGUAAUUUUUUAUCAACCCCUAUUUGAGCCCACAAAAUAACCCCACCAUUGCGAAAAAUAAAAUAUACCAGCUUUUUAUCGGUCCACCAU